AUGGCGGGAGGCCAUCGAGAGUGGAGGGAGGAGGCGGCGCUUCUCAAUAGCACGGCAACGGGCCCCUUCCCGCCCCAGCUGGUGCAGGGCCAUCUCCAGCUGGGCACCAACCUCUCGACUGGCAGCCCCCCCAGGGCCAGCCCCGACCACCUGGAAGCGAUGUACAUCCUCAUCCUGCUGGGCUUCUUUGCCUUCUUCACCCUGGGCAUCAUGCUGAGCUACAUCCGCUCCAAGAAGCUGGAGCACUCCCACGACCCCUACAACGUCUACAUCGAGUCCGACUCCUGGCAGCAGAAGGACAAGGCCUAUUUCCAGGCCCGGAUCCUAGAGAGCUACCGGGCCUGCUACGUCAUCGAGAACAAGACGGCAGCAGAGCAGCCCAACGCCUACCUCCCCGAGGAGAAGUCCGCCUGA